GACUGGUGGUUGUCUUUGCAGGCAGGCAUUUGCUUAGAGCAGGCUGCGUGUGAGCCCCACGUCAAGAAAUUCCGGCCUCCUCAGUCAGCGUCAGUGGAACUAGACUCUGCUGAGGGGACUGGCUGUGAAGGAUGAGUUCAGGGUGGGAUGACGGACCGCUUCUGGGACCAGUGGUAUCUUUGGUAUCUCCGCUUGCUCCGGCUGCUGGAUCGAGGUUCUUUUCGGAAUGAUGGUUUGAAAGCUUCUGAUGUUCUUCCCAUCCUAAAGGAAAAAGUGGCCUUCGUUUCUGGGGGCCGUGAUAAACGAGGUGGACCCAUCCUGACCUUCCCUGCUCGCAGCAAUCAUGACAGAAUAAGACAGGAAGACCUACGGAAACUCGUGACCUAUUUGGCCAGCGUGCCAAGUGAGGACGUGUGCAAACGUGGCUUCACCGUCAUCAUCGACAUGCGGGGCUCAAAGUGGGACCUCAUCAAGCCCCUCCUCAAGACGCUACAGGAAGCUUUUCCAGCCGAGAUCCAUGUGGCCCUCAUCAUUAAACCCGACAACUUCUGGCAGAAACAGAAGACCAACUUUGGCAGCUCCAAAUUCAUCUUUGAGACGAGCAUGGUGUCUGUGGAGGGCCUCACAAAGCUGGUGGACCCCUCCCAGCUGACCGAGGAGUUCGAUGGCUCAUUGGACUACAAUCACGAGGAAUGGAUUGAGCUGCGGCUCUCCCUGGAGGAGUUCUUCAACAGCGCUGUGCACCUGCUCUCACGCCUGGAGGACCUGCAGGAGAUGCUGGCCAGGAAGGAGUUCCCUGUGGAUGUGGAGGGCUCUCGGCGGCUCAUCGAUGAGCACACACAGCUCAAGAAGAAGGUGCUGAAGGCCCCCGUGGAGGAGCUGGACCGGGAGGGGCAGCGGCUACUGCAGUGCAUCCGCUGCAGUGAUGGCUUCUCAGGGCGCAAUUGCAUCCCUGGCAGUGCUGACUUCCAGAGCCUGGUGCCCAAGAUCACAAGCCUGCUAGACAAGCUGCAUUCCACCCGGCAGCACCUGCACCAGAUGUGGCAUGUGCGCAAGCUCAAGCUGGAUCAGUGCUUCCAGCUGCGGCUUUUUGAGCAGGAUGCGGAGAAGAUGUUCGACUGGAUAAGCCACAACAAGGAAUUAUUUCUCCAGAGCCAUACAGAGAUCGGAGUCAGCUACCAGCAUGCUCUAGACCUCCAGACACAGCACAAUCACUUCGCCAUGAACUCCAUGAAUGCCUAUGUCAACAUCAACCGCAUCAUGUCCGUGGCUUCCCGCCUCUCUGAGGCUGGUCAUUAUGCAUCACAGCAAAUCAAGCAGAUUUCCACACAGCUGGACCAGGAGUGGAAGAGCUUUGCAGCCGCCCUGGAUGAACGUAGCACCAUUCUUGCCAUGUCUGCAGUAUUCCACCAGAAGGCUGAGCAGUUUCUGUCAGGAGUGGACGCCUGGUGCAAAAUGUGCAGUGAAGGUGGCCUACCAUCCGAGAUGCAGGACCUGGAGCUGGCAAUCCACCACCACCAGUCUUUGUAUGAGCAGAUGACUCAGGCCUACACAGAGGUCAGCCAGGAUGGCAAAGCCCUGCUGGAUGUGCUUCAGCGUCCCCUGAGUCCUGGGAACUCUGAGUCCCUCACGGCCACAGCCAACUACUCCAAGGCAGUGCACCAGGUACUGGAUGUGGUGCAUGAGGUGCUGCACCAUCAGCGGCGACUUGAGAGCAUCUGGCAGCACCGCAAGGUGCGGCUCCACCAGCGGCUGCAGCUCUGCGUUUUCCAGCAGGACGUUCAGCAGGUGUUGGAUUGGAUUGAAAACCAUGGUGAGGCCUUUCUUAGCAAACACACAGGGGUUGGGAAGUCCCUGCACCGAGCCCGAGCCCUGCAGAAGAGACAUGAUGACUUUGAAGAGGUGGCUCAGAAUACAUACACCAAUGCGGACAAGCUCCUAGAAGCAGCAGAACAGCUGGCGCAGACUGGGGAAUGUGACCCUGAGGAGAUCUACAAGGCAGCUCGACACCUGGAGGUGCGCAUCCAAGACUUUGUGCGCAGGGUGGAACAGCGGAAGCUUCUCCUGGACAUGUCUGUCUCCUUCCACACACACACCAAAGAGUUGUGGACAUGGAUGGAAGACCUUCAGAAGGAGAUGCUGGAAGAUGUCUGUGCAGACUCAGUGGAUGCGGUCCAGGAACUAAUCAAGCAGUUCCAGCAGCAGCAGACUGCCACUCUGGACGCCACGCUCAACGUCAUCAAGGAAGGCGAAGACCUUAUCCAGCAGCUCAGGUCAGCGCCUCCCUCCCUGGGGGAGCCCAGCGAGGCCAGGGACUCAGCUGUGUCCAACAACAAGACACCCCACAGUAGCUCCAUUAGCCACAUUGAGUCAGUCCUGCAGCAGCUGGACGACGCCCAGGUGCAGAUGGAAGAGCUCUUCCAUGAGCGGAAGAUCAAGCUGGACAUCUUUCUGCAGCUGCGCAUCUUUGAGCAGUACACCAUUGAGGUGACAGCAGAGCUAGAUGCCUGGAACGAGGACUUGCUCCGGCAAAUGAACGACUUCAACACGGAGGAUCUGACACUGGCAGAGCAGCGGCUCCAGCGCCACACGGAGCGGAAGCUAGCCAUGAACAACAUGACCUUCGAGGUCAUUCAGCAGGGCCAGGAUUUGCACCAGUACAUCAUGGAGGUCCAGGCCUCAGGAAUUGAGUUAAUCUGUGAGAAAGACAUUGAUCUGGCAGCCCAGGUGCAAGAGCUGCUGGAGUUUCUCCAUGAGAAGCAGCACGAAUUGGAGCUCAACGCAGAGCAGACACAUAAGCGGCUCGAGCAGUGCCUCCAACUGCGGCACCUCCAGGCCGAGGUCAAACAGGUCCUGGGAUGGAUCCGCAAUGGGGAGUCAAUGCUCAAUGCCAGCCUGGUCAAUGCCAGCUCUUUGUCUGAAGCAGAGCAACUGCAGCGGGAGCACGAGCAGUUCCAACUGGCCAUCGAGUCCCUCUUUCAUGCCACUUCCUUGCAGAAGACGCACCAGAGUGCCCUGCAGGUACAGCAGAAAGCUGAGGCACUGCUCCAGGCCGGCCAUUAUGAUGCAGAUGCCAUCCGGGAGUGUGCUGAGAAGGUUGCCCUCCACUGGCAGCAGCUCAUGCUGAAGAUGGAAGACCGGCUAAAACUGGUCAAUGCCUCUGUGGCCUUUUACAAAACUUCUGAACAGGUUUGUAGUGUCCUGGAGAGCUUAGAGCAAGAAUACCGGAGAGAUGAGGACUGGUGUGGUGGUCGAGAUAAACUGGGGCCGGCAGCAGAGAUCGACCACGUCAUUCCACUCAUUAGUAAACAUCUAGAACAAAAGGAGGCCUUUCUUAAGGCCUGUACCCUGGCACGGCGGAAUGCUGAGGUGUUUCUCAAGUACAUCCACAGGAACAACGUCAGCAUGCCCAGUGCCGCCAGCCAUACUCGGGGACCUGAGCAGCAAGUGAAAGCCAUCCUGAAUGAGCUUUUACAGAGGGAGAAUCGCGUCCUGCACUUCUGGACCUUGAAGAAGCGGCGGUUAGACCAGUGUCAGCAAUACGUGGUGUUUGAGCGCAGCGCUAAGCAGGCGCUUGACUGGAUCCAAGAAACAGGUGAAUAUUACCUCUCAACACAUACCUCCACGGGAGAGACCACAGAGGAGACUCAGGAACUACUGAAAGAAUAUGGGGAAUUCAGGGUGCCUGCCAAGCAAACAAAGGAGAAGGUGAAGCUUCUAAUUCAGCUGGCCGAUAGCUUUGUGGAAAAAGGCCACAUUCAUGCCACAGAGAUCAGGAAAUGGGUGACCACGGUGGACAAGCAUUACAGAGACUUCUCUCUGAGGAUGGGAAAGUACCAGUACUCCCUGGAGAAAGCCCUAGGAGUCAACACAGAGGAUAACAAGGACCUGGAGCUGGACAUCAUCCCAGCAAGCCUUUCUGAUCGUGAGGUCAAGCUGCGGGACGCCAAUCACGAAGUCAAUGAAGAGAAGCGAAAGUCUGCCCGGAAGAAAGAAUUCAUUAUGGCUGAACUGCUCCAGACAGAGAAGGCUUAUGUAAGGGACUUGCAUGAGUGCUUAGAGACCUACCUGUGGGAAAUGACCAGUGGUGUGGAGGAGAUCCCCACUGGGAUCCUUAAUAAAGAACAUAUCAUCUUUGGCAACAUCCAGGAGAUCUACGAUUUUCAUAACAACAUCUUCCUCAAAGAGCUGGAGAAGUAUGAGCAGCUGCCUGAGGACGUGGGACACUGCUUUGUUACCUGGGCAGAUAAAUUUCAGAUGUAUGUCACCUACUGUAAAAACAAACCUGAUUCCAACCAGCUGAUUCUGGAGCAUGCAGGCACCUUCUUUGAUGAGAUACAGCAGCGGCAUAGUCUGGCCAACUCCAUCUCCUCCUACCUAAUUAAGCCUGUCCAGAGGAUCACCAAGUACCAGCUGCUCCUGAAGGAACUUUUAACAUGCUGUGAAGAAGGGAAGGGGGAGCUCAAGGAUGGCCUGGAGGUGAUGCUCAGUGUCCCAAAGAAAGCCAAUGAUGCCAUGCAUGUCAGCAUGCUGGAAGGGUUCGACGAGAACCUGGAUGUGCAGGGGGAGCUGAUUCUCCAGGAUGCCUUUCAAGUAUGGGACCCGAAGUCGCUGAUCCGAAAGGGGCGGGAGCGGCACUUAUUCCUCUUUGAGAUCUCCUUGGUUUUUAGCAAGGAGAUCAAAGAUUCUUCAGGACACACGAAAUAUGUUUACAAGAACAAGCUACUGACCUCAGAGCUGGGUGUGACCGAGCACGUAGAGGGGGAUCCCUGCAAAUUUGCCUUGUGGUCUGGGCGCACCCCAUCCUCAGACAAUAAAACCGUGCUGAAAGCCUCCAACAUAGAAACCAAGCAGGAGUGGAUCAAGAAUAUACGUGAGGUGAUUCAAGAAAGGAUCAUUCACCUGAAAGGAGCUUUAAAGGAGCCAAUUCAGCUCCCCAAAACACCAGCCAAACAGAGGAACAAUAGUAAGAGGGACGGAGUGGAGGAUGUUGACAGCCAGGGGGAUGGGAGCAGCCAGCCAGAUACCAUCUCCAUCGCCUCUAGGACCUCUCAGAACACAGUGGACAGUGACAAGCUCUCUGGCGGAUGUGAGUUGACCGUGGUCCUCCAGGACUUCAACGCUGGCCACAGCAGCGAGCUGACCAUCCAGGUGGGACAGACGGUGGAGCUACUGGAGCGGCCAACUGAGCGGCCAGGCUGGUGUCUAGUGCGCACCACGGAACGGAGUCCCCCACAGGAAGGCCUGGUCCCCAGCAGCGCCCUGUGCAUCUCCCAUUCCCGAAGCAGUGUGGAGAUGGACUGCUUCUUCCCCUUGGUGAAAGAUGCAUACUCUCAUUCCUCAAGUGAAAACGGAGGCAAGUCUGAGUCAGUGGCCAACCUGCAGUCUCAGCCCUCCCUGAACUCCAUCCACAGCUCCCCAGGUCCCAAGCGCUCCACCAACACCCUUAAGAAGUGGCUGACGAGUCCUGUGCGCCGGCUCAACAGUGGGAAAACAGAUGGAAACAUCAAGAAGCAGAAGAAAGUACGCGAUGGUCGGAAGAGCUUCGACCUGGGAUCUCCCAAGCCUGGGGAUGAGACGACCCCUCACGGAGACAGUGCUGAUGAGAAGAGCAAGAAAGGUUGGGGUGAAGAUGAGCCAGAUGAAGAAUCACAUACCCCGCUGCCUCCACCUAUGAAGAUCUUUGACAAUGACCCUACGCAGGAUGAGAUGUCCUCCUCUUUGCUAGCAGCCCGGCAGGCUUCCGCCGAAGUACCUACUGCUGCAGACCUUGUCAGUGCAAUAGAACAGUUGGUCAAAAGCAAGCUGAGCCUAGAAGGAGGCUCAUACCGGGGGAGCUUGAAAGACCCACCAGGCUGCCUGAAUGAGGGGAUGACCCCACCCACACCUACUAGAAACCUGGAAGAAGAACAGAAAGCCAAGGCCCUGCGAGGCAGGAUGUUUGUCCUGAAUGAGCUGGUACAGACUGAGAAAGACUAUGUCAAGGAUCUGGGGAUUGUGGUGGAGGGCUUCAUGAAGAGAAUAGAAGAAAAGGGUGUCCCCGAGGACAUGCGAGGAAAGGACAAAAUCGUAUUUGGAAAUAUUCACCAGAUUUAUGACUGGCAUAAGGAUUUCUUCCUGGCUGAACUGGAAAAAUGUAUCCAGGAGCAAGACAGAUUGGCACAGCUUUUUAUUAAACAUGAGCGGAAGCUGCACAUCUACGUGUGGUACUGCCAGAACAAGCCACGCUCAGAGUACAUCGUUGCUGAGUACGAUGCCUUCUUUGAAGAGGUGAAACAGGAGAUAAAUCAAAGGCUGACACUUAGCGACUUCCUCAUCAAGCCCAUUCAGAGAAUAACAAAAUAUCAGUUGCUCCUCAAGGACUUCCUGAGAUACAGCGAGAAGGCGGGUUUGGAGUGUUCAGAUAUCGAGAAAGCCGUGGAGUUAAUGUGCCUUGUUCCAAAACGCUGCAAUGACAUGAUGAAUCUGGGACGCCUGCAGGGCUUUGAGGGCACCCUGACCGCUCAGGGGAAGCUGCUGCAGCAGGACACAUUCUAUGUGAUUGAGCUGGAUGCAGGCAUGCAGUCCCGGACCAAGGAGAGGCGUGUGUUCCUCUUUGAGCAAAUUGUCAUCUUCAGUGAACUGCUCAGGAAGGGAUCUCUCACCCCGGGCUACAUGUUCAAAAGGAGCAUCAAGAUGAAUUACUUGGUCCUGGAGGAGAACGUAGACAAUGACCCCUGCAAGUUUGCGCUCAUGAACAGGGAAACUUCAGAGAGGGUCAUUCUGCAAGCUGCCAACCCUGACAUCCAGCAGGCCUGGGUGCAGGACAUCAAUCAAGUCUUAGAAACACAGCGAGACUUCUUAAAUGCGCUACAGUCACCGAUUGAGUACCAGCGGAAGGAGAGGAGCACAGCUGUGAUGAGGUCCCAGCCUGCUAGGGCUACCCAAGCCAGCCCCAGGCCCUAUUCCUCCGUCCCCAUGGGCUCUGAGAAGCCCCCAAAGGGCUCCAGCUAUAACCCGCCUCUGCCACCCCUGAAGAUAUCUACCUCCAAUGGCAAUCCAGGGUUCGACUACCACCAGCCUGGGGACAAGUUUGAGGCCAGCAAGCAGAGUGACCUGGGAGGCUGCAAUGGGACCUCAUCCAUGGCCGUGAUCAAAGAUUACUAUGCACUGAAGGAGAAUGAAAUUUGUGUGAGCCAAGGUGAGGUGGUCCAGGUCCUCGCAGUCACCCAGCAGAACAUGUGCCUGGUGUACCAGCCUGCCAGCGACCAUUCACCUGCAGCCGAGGGCUGGGUCCCGGGCAGCAUCCUGGCACCGCUCACCAAAGCCACGGCAGCAGCCGAAAAUAGUGACGGGAGCAUCAAGAAGUCAUGUUCAUGGCAUACUCUACGCAUGAGAAAGCGGGCGGAAGUGGAGAACACGGGUAAAAAUGAAGCCACAGGGUCUCGUAAACCCAAGGAUAUUCUGGGCAACAAAGUCUCUGUUAAAGAGACGAACAGUUCCGAGGAGUCAGAGUGUGAUGAUCUUGAUCCUAAUACUAGCAUGGAGAUCUUAAAUCCAAAUUUCAUCCAAGAAGUGGCCCCAGAAUUCCUUGUGCCCUUAGUGGACGUGACCUGCUUGCUUGGGGACACAGUGACACUGCAGUGCAAAGUCUGUGGGCGGCCGAAGCCCACCAUCACCUGGAAGGGUCCAGACCAGAACAUCCUUGACACGGACAGCAGCUCUGCCACCUACAACCUCUCUUCCUGCGAUUCUGGUGAAAUCACCCUGAAGAUCUGUAAUCUGAUGCCCCAGGACAGCGGGAUUUAUACCUGCAUAGCAACAAAUGACCACGGGACCGCAUCAACAUCUGCUGCGGUUAAAGUGCAAGGUGUCCCAGCGGCCCCUAACCGCCCCAUCGCCCAGGAGAGAAGCUGCACCUCUGUGAUUCUCCGCUGGCUGCCCCCGUCCAGCACGGGAAACUGCACCAUUUCCGGUUACACCGUGGAGUACAGAGAGGAAGGUUCUCAGGCCUGGCAGCAGUCAGUAGCUUCGACCUUGGACACUUACCUCGUCAUCGAAGACCUCAGCCCUGGGAGUCCUUAUCAGUUCCGAGUCAGUGCCAGUAACCCCUGGGGCAUCAGCCUUCCCAGCGAGCCCUCGGAGUUCGUGAGACUUCCAGAAUACGAUGCUGCUGCUGAUGGUGCCACCAUUUCCUGGAAGGAAAAUUUUGAUUCGGCUUAUACGGAGCUGAAUGAAAUUGGAAGAGGCCGUUUCUCCAUAGUAAAGAAGUGCAUUCACAAAGCUACCCGCAAAGAUGUUGCUGUGAAAUUUGUUAGCAAAAAAAUGAAGAAAAAAGAGCAGGCUGCCCAUGAGGCCGCCCUACUUCAGCACCUGCAGCACCCACAGUACAUCACCCUCCACGACACUUAUGAGUCUCCCACGUCCUAUAUCCUGAUUUUAGAACUGAUGGAUGAUGGCCGGCUCUUAGACUACCUUAUGAAUCACGAUGAGCUCAUGGAAGAAAAGGUAGCUUUCUACAUCCGAGACAUCAUGGAAGCUCUGCAGUACCUUCACAACUGCAGGGUUGCGCACUUGGACAUCAAGCCCGAGAACCUGCUCAUUGACCUGCGGAUUCCAGUGCCUCGCGUGAAGCUCAUCGACUUGGAGGAUGCUGUCCAGAUCUCAGGGCACUUCCACAUCCACCACCUGCUGGGGAACCCUGAGUUUGCUGCCCCGGAAGUGAUCCAGGGCAUCCCCGUGUCCCUGGGCACCGACAUCUGGAGCAUAGGGGUGCUGACAUACGUGAUGCUGAGCGGGGUCUCCCCCUUCUUGGAUGAGAGCAAAGAGGAGACGUGCAUCAAUGUAUGCAGGGUGGACUUCAGCUUCCCCCACGAAUACUUCUGUGGCGUGAGCAAUGCUGCCAGAGAUUUCAUCAACGUGAUCCUGCAGGAAGACUUCCGGCGGCGGCCCACAGCAGCCACCUGCCUGCAGCACCCGUGGCUGCAGCCCCACAAUGGCAGCUACUCCAAGAUCCCGCUGGACACCUCCCGCCUGGCCUGCUUCAUAGAACGCCGCAAGCACCAGAACGAUGUGCGGCCUAUUCCCAACGUCAAGAGCUACAUCGUCAGCCGGGUCAACCAAGGGACGUAG